AUGCUUUCAACAUGUGGUGAGCGGGAAGAGCACUCGGGUAAUGCGGGAUCCUCCCUGGGCGACGAGCCAGUCGACCAGAGCCACUGCCAGCCAGAACCGCGCUCGGCCAAGCCCUUCCAGAAAUGGAUGAAGACGUUGCACAAACGCGUGUUGCGGCAACAAGAGGCGUUGGGAUACGACGGCAGCCCUGUGACUGGGCCACACGGAACCUGGGGUGGCCAUUCUCUGGCAAUGGGUCCUUCCCGCCGCAGGCACUCGUCUUCCGAGUCAUCAUCCUUCGCCUUCGUCGCGGCGGCCAAGAGUGCAAGUAUCUCCAUGGCAAGCGCCAGCCUAUGGACGCGCUCCUGGAAAACCACAAACCGGUCCUCGCAUGGCCGGAGAACGGAGCGCAGUAGUAGGGCCUCAAUGUCCGGGCCACGAGUUUCUGAGGACAGCUACCGUUCGGAGAGGCAGGGGCCCGUGGAUCCUGGCGUUGUUGAGCGGGCUUUACAAAGACGACGUAUCUUGGAGGAGCUAAUCAGUACUGAGGAGAAUUACAUCGGAGACGUGCAGUUCUUGAUGAACGUCUACGUUACCAUUCUUGCCUCAUUGCCCAGUUCUCCCCCCGGCUUGCGGGCUUCUGUUAACAGGAAUUUGACCGAUGUUGUGGAGCUUCACGAGGAGAUACUGGGAGAACUGCGCCGGGUGGUACCGGAUUCAGAGUACGCGCAGCUAGAUUCUGCCAUCAAACGGGUCGAAUCGAACUCGUCGACUCGCGGACACCGCCGCUGGAGGAGUCUGGAUGUUAUACCAGAGGGUAGGGACAGGGUGCCAUGGUUGUCGGACCUCCCAGGAAUGGCAGCAGAGCCACAAACGGCGGCCGAGGUUGCAAAGAUCUUUUCGAAGAGGAUGAACCGUUUCUUUAUCUAUGAGGAGUACGGAGCAAGAUAUGAGCUCAUGAUCAAAGACAUAGCUGCAGCGCAGCGCACAUUUCCUGGGUGGGCGUCCUACCAAAAAGGACUCGAAAUUCUGGCUUCGUCCUUGAAUUCGGCCAACAAUCGUGAUGACCAUCAAUCGAGGCGGCGGGCCCUAACCAUUGACGAUCUUCUUGUUAAGCCAAUUCAACGUGUGUGCAGAUAUCCACUACUCUUCUCGGAGCUUCUAAAGCAUACCCCUGUCAUUGACUGCCCUUAUUCGCACAUGAUCAUUGACAACACACUCGUCCGACUCCGCGAAGCCACGGCCGAAAUCAACCGGGCCACUAAUGACUCUCGCACAAAGUCGGCUUUGGAGAAGACCUGGAUCCUCCGGGAUCGACUUAGGUUUCCGGAUCAGCAGCUAGAUGCAGCCACCAAGAACCGCAUCCGAUUAUUUGGUCAUAUUCGGCUUUGCGGCGCCCUUCAUGUCUGCUGGCAGACCAAGGACGGCGUGAGUGGACAGUACAUGGUAGCCCUCCUGUUUCGUGACUGGCUGUGCCUCGCGACGGCUGGUAGAAGCGAUCAGAUUUAUACGAUUCAAGUUUGCAUCGCCUUGGGCAAUAUCAAGGUGGAAGAGGUCGAUAACGGCCGAGGUCUCCAAUGCCACACGGCGCGACAUUCUUGGAAGAUUGUAUUUCUAUGCGAUAAUCAGCUGUACGAGCUGAUCUUGACGGCGUGCUCUCCGAAAGAGGAGCUGGAAUGGCGGGCACGACUAAGGAGUAGCGAGCCAAACGACAACCCUGACGGCCAGGAUCAGACGCUAUCGGACAUAUUUGGCUUCCUCGCGUUGAAUAUCAAGGCCAUGGGAACGGUGUUUAGGAAGCCAGGAACCAUUGCCAGAAAGGUGUCGAUCCACCGGGCAACAACCAUCGGACCCAAAUCGCCGCUUUAUCAAGUCAUCCUCAAAAACACCAGCGCCGCCAAGGAAGGCCCCACGGUCUCCAGCAACCCCUCCAUCAACAGAUCACAGUCACUGCUGACUACAAACAGCCGCAUCCCGGUGCUAGCCCCAGCCCGGGCUGAGCGGGCGCGGCUCGAAGCCAUGCUAGCGGACGUUUGGACUCGGGACGUGUUACCCUUCCCCGGGAUAACCGCCCGAGCCAGGAGCGAACAUCUCGUUCGGGCAUCCGCGUCGUCAAUGAUGCGCAAGUUGAGCGCCGUGAACAUCACGGGGGGCUUCACCAGGCGCUCUGCGAGCUCGGUCAGUCUG